AUGUUUUGGCCGCGUGGUCUGCUAAACCCAGGCACCGAGCGCUCAGGGGGCGAGGAAGAGCGCACGCCAUCAAGUUUGAAUCGCGCGCCUCGACGGACGAAGUUGCAGGUUCACGGCGACGCGCGCACGCGACCGGUGAGCGAGAGGCUGCGGAAGCGUGAGAAAACACCCUCGCGCACAGUCCUCGGUCCUCUGUUGAGCCCGUUCAAGGCUCCAAGCGGCGUGCGAGAGCGCGGUGGGCGGGAACUGAGCGACACGGAGAGGGUUGCUUUUGCCAAGUGUGUGCACUUUGCCGUGCGUUACGGACAAGCCUCGGUAUCAGAUGUAUGCAAGGAAUGGGGUAUAAGCAAGCCUCAUGGAUACAGGAUCCUACGUCGGUGGCGAGCGGAGGGAAACGUUGAUUCUCGACCGAGAAGUGGGCGCCCGCGUGCAUUGACGGAGGAUGACAUGAAGACGCUCGAGAAUCUGUCAGAAGAGCUCCAAGGUUACUUCACGUGGGAAUCGCUCGCGAAGCGGUUCACGGAGAGAACAGGUAAGCGCGUGGCGUAUAAAACAGUGUAUAAUUUUUGUAAAGCAGCUGGCUGGCGCCAAGUGUGCGAGCGUUAUGUACCUUGCCUCAGCGCUAAAGACGUGCAGAGAAGAUUGGAGUGGGCAAAGCAGCAUCUUGAUUACACUUGGACGGGGACGGAAAACUUGCGAUACCCGAACGUAGCUAAGAGCAAAAAAGUAGGAUGGAUCGAUAUUGACGAGAAAUGGUGGGAUAUGCUGCGCAAGCGAGCGGUGAAGGUGUACCCAGGACAACAACGGCGAACAAGGGUGCCAACGAAGAGCAAGCGUUUUGUUCAAAAAGUGAUGGGCCUGUGCGCCGUUGCGCGACCGUGCGGCGACUUCGACGGACGAAUAGGAAUGUAUCGCUGCGCAAAAAAAAAGGUUGCGCAGCGAAACAGCAAGUUUCACAAACGAGGAGACGUGUAUGAUGAAGACUGUGAUGUUGACGCAGACAUCUUCUACGAGUUAGUCACCGAGAAGUUGAUCCCGGACAUCUAUAGGAAAAUGGCAGACUUUGACAUAGUCUUUGUACAGAUGGAUGGCGCACGGCCUCAUGUGAAGUGCAUGGACGCUUUAAACGCUGCUGGAAAGGAACGGAAGCGCAUCGAUGGGAAGCAAAUGCCAAUGAUAAAAUUUGUGUUACAACCGGCCAACUCGCCGGACACCAACUUGAACGAUCUCUGCUUCUUUAGGUCGCUAUCAAAGUUCGUUCAAGAGCACGAACGUGAGAUCGAACACAGCGCCGCCAAUAAGGACGAGUUUUGGAACCUCGUGGUGGAGCAAUACCAUGAAUAUCAUGACCGCGAGAGACUUCAGAGAUGCUGGGAUGUCAAAACUGCAGUCACUAAAUGCAUCCUCGACGCCAACGGGACGAACGAUUACAAGCUACCGCACGGCAUCAAGCACGAGGAACCCAUUUCUGUCGAUCUUUCCUUGGAUUUGGACGACGCAAACGAUCCGGUGGCGCGCACUUUGGACUACGAAGAUCUGCAUGCCUCACUCCCUUCUUCUCUCCCACGAUAA